AUGAUCGGACGGUCAGAGGUGAUGGUCUAUCGGUGCGACUCGGACACGGCGUCGACCUCGUGUUCCGCCUCAGCCGAGGACGACGAUGAGGUGCUCAGCGUCGGCUGUGAGAGUCCGCCCCCGCGGGUCACGGAGCCGAGGGUUCCUACCCUCAAGUUUAGCAUAGACAACAUCCUCAGGCCGGAGUUCGGUGGCGGCAAAGACUCAAAGUGUUCACCCAUAGACUUGUCCAAAGAAGGGCGAACGGAAGCUCAAAACCCCAACCCGGCGGCUGCAGACUCUCAACAACCUCUCCUGUGGCCGGCAUGGGUCUACUGCACCCGCUACUCGGACAGACCUUCCUCUGGUCCAAGGACGAGAAGGAUAAAGAGGAAAGACAAGCGACCGGAGGAGAAGAGGCCUCGGACAGCGUUCAGCGGAGAGCAACUUUCUCGACUCAAGAGUGAGUUCUCAGAGAACAGAUAUCUGACGGAAAAGCGGCGACAAGAACUGGCGAACGAGCUGGGACUGAAUGAGGCGCAGAUCAAGAUCUGGUUCCAGAACAAGAGAGCCAAGAUCAAGAAGGCCAACGGCACCAAGAAUCCGCUGGCGUUGCAACUGAUGGCCCAGGGACUGUACAACCACAGCACGAUACCCCUCAGCAAGGAAGAGGAAGAACAAUUAGCUGCCCAGGAGGCGGAUGAAUAAAUGGGACUGCAGGAGUGUAUAGUGAUUUCAAGCUUGAAGAUUUCCGUCUGUUUGUACAAACACACCUAUUGAUAUGAUUCUUAAACUAAAAGACUUUAUAAAGAACUAAUUUUUGGACAGCCCAUAAAAUUCAAAACCUCUCUGGUUUCAUAUUUAUAUUUCAAUUUCAAAAUUUUUGUGUUGUGAAAUUUUUUAGUGUUUGAAAUAAAUAUGAUUACAAAUAAAACGAAUCAAAUAAAUGUACUGUCAUAUUAAAUUCAUUUUUAGUAUGAUUGUUUAUUCUGAUAUCUUGUCAUUGUUAAUUUAAUAUGAUUUCACUUAGCUACCAAAGUAAAAAAGCUAUACCUAAUUUACCUAGUUUGAAAAUAAUUACACGGGAACAACUUAGUACUGUAUUGUAUAUCAAUUGAAACUUUAUAGAGAAGUAAUGUUAUGACGUUAAGCUUGGAAAACAUGUUUAACUCAAAAUAUUACACGGAAAACAAAUUCAACUCUUUUAAUAAUGAUCAAUGUUAUACCACGGUUUAAAAUUAGUGCGUAUAGAUAAAAAAAAUUAAUUACUGUUCAAUAAUUGUAAUAAAAAUAGUAUACACAUUUUUUACUUAGUCCGAAAACAUGGUUGUAGGAAUAUGUUUAUUCCAACCAUGUUUUUAUGUAUUAUCGAUAUUAUGUUUGAUUUGGGAAAUUUGUGAAGAACUUACACAGUAUCAUGAUUUUAAAUCAGAAUUUAAAUUUAUAAAGCUUGCUUGAAAAAAUGUAGUAAUAAGAGACACAAUGUUAUUUUUUGUAUGAAUUUCAAUUUGAUCAACUGGUCAUAUAUAUUAUACAAAUUGAAACAUCAGUAUUAUUAGGCAUUGAACAGACGCAUUAACCUUGAUAGUUUGAACAACUAAAAACAAGCAUAAGAAUUAUCAGAAAAUUAAAGCUCUACCAACUAUUACGAAUGUGUACAAGCUUAUAACUAAUAAACAUAUACUUAACUUUGUUGCAGAUGAACUAACUUUGCACAAUAAUAAAAAUAAAUAUCGCCCUUCGAUUUGUGUUGUUUUUUUCGUUAAAUUUUAACAAGAUAUUUAUUAUAUAUUGUACACAAUGUAAAUAACAAAAGGGAUGUGUAAAUAUUAAUAUUAUAGUUGUAUUUUACGAUAGUAAGACUGGUUAUUUGCGCAAUUCUUGGAAUUAACAGCUGAACAAAUGAAAAAUAAAAUAUCGAAGUAUGGAAAACUACAUGCUUCACUUAGAUCGAUAUGAUAUUGAAACACUUGGAAUCCAAAAGCUUGUAUAGUAUUUAUAUAGCGUUUGUUGUAAUAUAUGCUUUAAGAGAAUCUGUGGGUGUAAAAAAGAAUGCGAUUUGUAUAGCUAUUUUGGAUAGAUGAUAGAUAACUUCGAUUCUUCGAACUCUGUUGAAAAAUCGUCUAUUAUCAAAACGUGUAUAACAUUUUCUAUUUCUUCUUUUUACAUACUAAGCUUGAUGAGUGUUGUUUUGUAUGUAAUAAAAUAUUUAAUUAUUAUAUAAAUAAAAUAUGUA